UUUCCCAUGAGACCGGGGACGGCCAAACUCAUGGCCGCCAUGGCGUCUUCUCUUUCCUGCCCACCUCGGGUGACUCACUUCACCUACUGUUUGGGAAAUGCCUUGUACGUGCCACUCACCUCCCGGAGCAAUUCUCGAACCUUGCCCGAACUUCGGGGUGACAAUUUUGUAUUGCCGGCAUCGGUGGUCGCCGCCCUGUGUCGUGUUCGAGAUGCCGAGGCUGGGACCAGUCAAUGGGCGGGCUGGUGUGCCUAUUUGGAUACCCAAGAAGGGCCUCAAAAACUACCACCGGCGUUGGCAUAUGUAGCGGGACUGCCGCAAGGUGAAGAAGAAGGACAACCCACACGAGACGGCUUGUUUCAAGAAAUUCGACAACAACUGUUCGAGAACAAGAUACAGUCCAUCGUCUUUUCGGGAGAAGGAGAACCCACAUUGCGAAUGGACGACAUGUUGCAAUUGUCCCAACAAGUUCAUGACGAAGCAAGGAAAUGCAGUAUGUCUACUACCGUUCGACUCACGACCAAUGGAUUGGUAGCAUUGUCAUCUUGCUCGGAGGCAUUGCAGAAAUGCCUGGCUCACGGCAUCACUCACAUCAGCGUCGGUCUUCAUACUGGCCUUGCCGGUCAGUAUACGGAGUUGGUGCAACCUUGCGUAGCGUCCGAGGAUGAGGAUGCUCACAAGAUGGUAUGUCAUUUUAUUCAAGAGGCCGUACGACUCGGUCUACAGGUGGAAACUACGGCGGUGGAUCGCGAUGACGUCGACAAGGAACAAACCGAGGCCUUGUCGAAAUCUCUCGGAGUGUCGACACCGGUUCGGUGGAGGCCCUACUUUCCAUAG